GCCACCGACCCACAGGCCCGGGUCCCCGCACCCCAGGCUGGAGGUGUCGGGGGUGCUCCCGACAGCAGGCGGCCAGCUGGUUCCCUUCGGGGCAGCCGCGCGCCCUCCCCCUCAGGGCUGUAACCCGAGCCGCCACCGCCGCGCUGCCCCGCCGCCUGAGCCCCGACAGCGAUUCCGCAGGCGCCAUGGGCCGCGGGGCCUGCGUCCCCUCAGCGGCGUCGGGGGCCCACGACCGGGCCCGCCUUCUCGGAGCCGUGCUGGGCGCGCUGUGCCUCCUCCCCACGCUCGUGCUGCUGGCCCGGCCGGGGGCCCUGGGGAACCGGCCCGUGGCGAGCGCAGCGCAGGGAGACGCUGUGCCCCCGACCGCGGGUGUGCUCACCACCCCAAGCGUUGGCCCGCCGCAACCCCCAGCGCCCCGCAGACGCCGCUACACGCUGACCCCGACGCGGCUGCACUGGGACCACUUCAACCUCACAUACAGGAUCCUCUCUUUCCCGAGGAACCUGCUCAGCCCCAGAGAGACCCGGCGGGGCCUGGCCGCCGCCUUCCGCAUGUGGAGUGACGUGUCCCCCUUCAGCUUCCGCGAGGUGGCCCCUGAGCAGCCCAGCGACCUCCGCAUAGGCUUCUACCCGGUCAACCACACGGACUGCUUGGUCUCCCCGACGCACCACUGCUUCGACGGCCCCACGGGCGAGCUGGCCCACGCCUUCUUCCCCCCGCACGGCGGCAUCCACUUCGACGACAGCGAGUACUGGGUCCUGGGCCCCACACGCUACAGCUGGAAGAAAGGCGUGUGGCUCACCGACCUGGUGCACGUGGCGGCCCACGAGAUCGGCCACGCGCUGGGCCUGAUGCACUCGCAGCAUGGCCGGGCGCUCAUGCACCUCAACGCCACGCUGCGUGGCUGGAAGGCGCUGUCGCAGGACGAGCUGUGGGGGUUGCACCGGCUCUACGGCUGCCUUGACCGGCUGUUCGUGUGCGCGUCCUGGGCGCGGAGGGGUUUCUGCGACGCCCGCCAGAGGCUCAUGAAGAGGCUGUGUCCCAGCAGCUGCGACUUCUGCUACGAGUUCCCCUUCCCCACGGUGGCUGCCACCGCACCGCCCCCCAGGACCAAAACCCGGCUGGUGCCCGAGGGCAGGAAUGUGACCUUCCGCUGCGGCCAGAAGAUCCUCCACAAGAAAGGCAAAGUGUACUGGUACAAGGACCAGGAGCCCCUGGAGUUCUCCUACCCCGGCUACCUGGCGCUGGGCGACGCGCACCUGAGCAUCAUCGCCAACGCCAUCAACGAGGGCACCUACACGUGCGUGGUGCGCCGGCGGCAGCGCGUGCUCAGCACCUACUCCUGGCGCGUCCGCCUGCGGAGUUGAACGCCGCCCCAGGGCUGAGGGUGCAGAUAAAGCACUUUCUCUCU